AUGCAGCCGCUGAACAUCUCUGAUCCAGACCCCCCGGCCAGGCCGCCGAACCUGUGCAAGCUGCACUUCACCAGCCAGCCCUCCACACACCGAGUGCCCCCGGAAGAGUUCUCGCUGGCCAUGGCCUACGGCCUGCUGGCCGCCCUGAUGCAGUGCAUGACUUUGGGGACCCUCUGUGUGGCCGCCUCCAUGCAAAACUGGAUGUCGGUGGAGCCCGGGGCAAACAUUGUGGGAUCCUACCCAUUGGUGGUCUACACAUUUGGGAUACCCUACAGGAUGAAUGUCUCGGGGAGCAUCACAAAUGCAGAGUAUUUGUAUUUCUUCGGUAAGGGCCGAGACCUGAUCAAGCCAGCCAUGGUGACCAUUUGCCUUCUGAGUCUGUGCUCUGGUGUCGCGGCCUUCUUCCUUGAUUACAUGCAAGUCCAGAUGCCAGACAAGUUUCGAUUGACUCUGGUCCCUUGCCUCCACAGCUUCUCAGGGGUACUCAUCAUGGUCCUCAUAGCGAUAUGCAGUUGGUGCUUUGAGAAGAUUAAUAAACUGGCCAAGGACCCUGAAUGGAAGCUGUUCCACCUCCGUGUUUACUUUGGAGAGAGUUUCUACAUCAGCUUGUUGGCCUUUGCCUUUGUGUCCUGGGCUGUGGUCCUCAGUCUGUGCUCCGUUAAACUGAGCAAAGAGCAGGGGGAGCCCAGCAAGAGCCCCAGUGCAAAGCAGUAG